AUGUGUCAUUUACCUGUGGCUAUUGAGCAUCGUGCAUUCUGGGCAGUCAAGCAAUGCAAUUUGCAUGCGGAUAGAGAUGGCAAAGAGAGAAAGCUCCAACUCCAGGAGUUGGAGGAAAUUCGUCUUGAAGCAUAUGACAAUGCACGUUUGUACAAAGAGCGUACCAAGCAGUUUCAUGACCGCCUAUUGCGUGCGAAACACUUUUCUCCAGGACAAAAGAGUUUAGAGACUAAUAAGAGUUUUACAGUUAAUGGUCAUCGUUUAAAACCGUUUGUUCAUGUUUCAGACAUUGGUACUGUGGAAGAGGCAAUUGGUGUUAAAAGUGAUAAAAAAGGGCAAAUUCCAGAAGACUGCGCCUUCUCUGGCGUGCCCACGCCAGACAACGCAGAGUUGCGUGAAAAAUCCGGAUUGCGGGUCCUAUUCCUGGGGCCACCGCCUUUCCUUGGAGCCAUACUUUAA